AUGGGGAACGACUGGAAGAAAAACAUCAACACAAUAGACAAUGUUAAUUACUGUGCUUAUUGUCUCGGUAGUCGCUAUUAAGCGGAGUUCGAUGGAUAAUUUAGAUUAGCGAGAAUGAAUUAUCCUCACUUGAAAAUCACAAACGUUAUACUUAGCUAGGCUACUCUAGUUAUCGUAAAGGCUGGUUUGCUAUCAAGCUAAGUGACCAGUCAACUAGCUGCCAUUGCUUCGUUGGAUAGCUAACGUUAUAGUGAUUAAAAAACGUCCAAAAAACUAGCUACUCUAGCUAACUGUUGGUAUUGCAAUUUAGAUUUGCUCAUUUUAGCUAGCUAACGGAAAACGCGCUUAUCCGUGGCAAACCUGGACGCCAGCAGUGCUAACUUGGGUAACUUAAUAUUCGCUGGUGAAGGAAGGAUGCUGAACUUCUCAAACUGGAUACCACAACGGCUUUAGGAAAACGUAUAUGGGGUGUAUGUGUCGUCUCACAAUAAGUGGCCGUUAAUAGUGGAUUCCAUAGUAUAAGACUGACAACCGAUCGAUCAAUGGACGCCCUGUAUGGAAUUGGACUCGCUACAGAACACAAUGGAAGCGACGAAUCUCGCCGUUAAAAUCUGUGGAAUUAUAUGGCCAAUGGCUUGUACCUAGAACCAGUACAGGGAUUGUAUUGCCUAAUAUAGGCCAGUGAUCCGCCGGUCCCAAACCGAACUGUUACGCUUGAGCGUCGGAGACCCCGCUGGAGAAGAAUGAUACUGUUCUGGAUAUUUCUAUCCACACCGACGACAUGUGUGGGCAUCCAGGCCGAAUCGUCGGAGAGCCACAGCGCUUUCGCCUGCGAACCCAUUACCAUGCGCAUGUGCCAGGAUCUGCCCUACAACACCACCUUCACCCCCAACCUGCUGGACCACUAUGACCAGCAGAGCGCCGAGCUCGCCAUGGAGCCCUUCCACCCCAUAGUGAACCUGCAGUGCUCCCCGGACCUGCGGCCCUUCCUGUGCGCGCUGCACGCCCCGGUGUGUGCAGAGUACGGCCGUGUGUCCCUGCCCUGCCGCCGGCUGUGCCAGCGCGCCCGCCGCCAGUGCCAGCAGCUCCUGGACGUGUUCGGCGUGGCCUGGCCCGAGGAAAUGGACUGCGGCAGGUUCCCUGACUGCGACGAGCCAUACCCACGAGCCGAGGACCUGGCCCCCCUGGCGGAACCCACGGAGGACACCCCCGACUCGUCCCGGCGCGACUACGGCUUCUGGUGCCCGCGUGAGCUGAAGGUGGACCCGGACUUGGGCUACGUGUUCCUGGGCACGCGCGACUGUUCCCCACCCUGCCCCAACAUGUACCUGGACCGCGACGAGCUCCGGCUGGCCCGCUACGCCAUCGGGGCCGCCUCCGUGGUCUGCCUGUCAGCCACCCUCUUCACCUUCCUCACCUUCCUCAUCGACAUGGCCCGCUUCCGCUACCCGGAGCGGCCCAUCGUCUUCUACGCCGUCUGCUACAUGAUGGUGUCCCUCACCUUCCUCCUGGGCUUCCUGCUGGAGGACCGCGUGGCCUGCAACCCGGCCCGGCCCGGCCAGGGCAGGGGCCCCACGGUCACCCAGGGCUCGCACAACAAGGCCUGCACCCUGCUCUUCAUGGCCCUCUACUUCUUCACCACGGCGGGCAGCGCCUGGUGGGUGGUGCUCACCGUCACCUGGUUCCUGGCGGCCGUGCCCAAGUGGGGCAGCGAGGCCAUCGAGAAGAAGGCUCUCCUCUUCCACGCCGGGGCCUGGGGCGUGCCGGGGGCCCUGACGGUGGCCCUGCUGGCCCUCAACAAGAUCGAGGGCGACAACGUGAGCGGGGUGUGCUUCGUGGGGCUGUACGACUCGGACGCGCUCCGCUGGUUCGUGCUGGCCCCGCCGUGCCUGGCCGUGGCGGCCGGCUCGGGGCUCCUGCUGGCGGGGAUAGCGGCGCUGAACCGGGCACGGACGGAGAUCCCGCUGGAGAAGGAGAACCGCGACAAGCUGGGCAAGUUCAUGAUCCGCAUCGGGGCCUUCUCGGCGCUCUACCUGGCGCCCCUGCUUGGGGUCAUCGGGUGCCACGUCUACGAGCAGAGCCACCGGGCGGCGUGGGAGACGGCGUGGGUGCAGGACCGGUGCCAGGACUACCACAUCCCCUGCCCCGCCAAGGUGGAGUACACCGGGAGGCCGCACCUGAUGCUCUUCCUCAUGAAGUACCUGAUGGGGCUGGUGGUGGGGAUCCCGUCCGUCUUCUGGGUGGGCAGCAAGAAGACCUGCUUCGAGUGGGCCGGCUUCUUCCACGGCCGCCACUGCAAGAAUACCGGGACGGAGGAGAGCAGGCGCGCCCUGCGAGAGCCGGACUUCUCCCAGCUCCUGCGGGAGCCCCAGGGCCCCAUCGUGCGCAAGUCCCGGGGCACCUCCACGCAGGGCACCUCCACCCACGCCUCCUCCACCCAGCUGGCCCUGCCCGACGGGCAGCACAGCCGCGCCAGCAGCGUACACAGCAAGCUGAGCAGUCGCCAUGGCAGCCUGCGCCACGCCCGCGAGGGCAGGCAUACCCCCGGCAGCUACCAAGAAGCAGAGCAGCACCUGCAGUUCGGGAGCGCCUUGCACCUCAACGACCAUUCGCUGUCACGGCACAGGAGCAGCACCCAGCACCUGAACAACCAGUCACGGCACGGCAGUACUCGGGACCAGACCGAGACCCCACCCGCCGUGGUCACCCACGGCUCCAGCGUGGAUCAGGUGGUGGAGGACGACUGUGCCAGCGCCUGAUUGGUCUCGUCAGGCUUAGGACCCUCGGCUGAACGGUUCUCUCGUGGUGGACCCGAAGAUGAGAUGGAGGUGGUCUUCAGCCUCAGUUUUCCGUUACCCUGCUCCUCAGGGCCAUCAAUCCCAGCUUUUGAAUGGUCAGCUUGACUUGACUUGAAUUCUGUUAGGUGUACAUUGUUGCCUGUCCAACCCCCCGGAACUUUUAGGACAUGCAUUUUCUUUGUUUUUAUAUUGUGAAGGUGUAUAGAUACUGUGAAAGACGAUGUCCCAAUUGUGUAAAUAUAGCGUGGUGUAUAAACAAAUAAUGAACUGUUCUACUGAUGCGAUGGAGGCUGCAGCUGUCCCACGGUGCAUUGCCAGAAUACAGGGGAGCGGCUCACUUACGAGUCCAAUUCAGUGUGAGGAGAAGCAUCGGACUCAUGACCAAAAACGUAUUCACUAUAUGCAAAAAUGACAAGCCCCUUUUUCGAAGAUAUUCAUCCCACUAAUGUAAAAUGUGAAAGUCAUUUGGCUGCUGCAAUUGUGAUUCUCAGUAGGUACUGGUAAUGUGUUCAGGGUAGAAAUACAGGCCAAGUGCGGUGGUCAUGGUAUGGUGAAGAAUCUUUUCGCACGGGCCUUGGGUUUUUGCAAGGGUACAGAAACAUUGACAUGCUAAUAAUUUAAAGUACUGUUCUUUUGGCACCAACGUAUGGAUACUGCAGUCUUAUCUUAUGACUGGGUAGGUAGUAGUUGCCACUGUUGUUUUUGUUAAAAAGGGCUGGCUUGGUAUGUGAAGCAUGUGUAAUUGUGACUGUCCAGUGGCAAGUUUGGGGACGUUUCAUUGCUGGUGUUCCACCCAAUACAGUGAUUGGAAAAUAAUGACUUGUGAGGACCCAAACACAAGACUGUUGUCCCGAAAUGAUGGAGCACAUUUCAGCGAGGGGACAUGUUUACAAACCUGAUGGAGCAGUUCCACAGAUUGGAAGAUGAAGAUAAAACGCAGGGACAAAAUUUGGUUGGAAAAAGCCAAAUUGCAUUUUUCAAAAGGGACAGUUGAGUGAUUCUUUUUCACUACAUUCUCUGCUUUUUUUUAUUUUUUUUUUAUAUAUAAAACCACUUUCCCUGUGGAUGAACUAUCAGGGCAUUUCAAUUCAAGAUUGAAUGAUUGUUCAGAACAUCCAGAAAGGCCCACUUUCAAUUGUAAAUAUGUAUUGCUGUACAUUUUACUUUAUGCUGCAAUCUCUCAUCCUGCUGCUGCCUGUGUUCAAACCCUCAGUCAAUGCUGACUACACCUCCUGGUGAAAUGGCGUGGCAUUUGCAUCAGGGCUGGAUUUAUACACUCCAGGCUUGGGCAUACAUGCUGCUGUUCAUUUUGUUUUAAUGAUACCUGCCUGGCCUUAUAUUACCUCUUAUUGAACUUAAGUCGUCGCAGUUGCUGUGCUGCGGCUACUUGGUAGCUCACUCAGAAGUGAGUUAGCACCAGAGUCUUUCAUUGAAUCUGGCCCACGCCAGUGCUGACUGCCCAGUGGAUAUAUAGGAGGGAUUCUGUUGGCAGGGAAUAGCAGUGGUUCAAUUGCUCACCCGACUCCUCCACCUCCACUCUGUAUGUGCACAGCUUGUGGCUGCAGUGCGAAAAGGUUUCGGAGGAGAACCGCGAGUUGUCUUCACUCUCCCAGCAGCAUGGGCAUAUUCGAGCACACUUGUAUAUAAUUCGUGAAUUACAAAUUCGGGUUGGAUUGGAGAUGCCAAAUUUUAUAUUUCCAAUGAAAUUCAGCAAUGUAAAUAUCCUUCUCUAAAAAUCCUUCUUCAGUUCCUGCAUGUGAAAUCACAGGCAGGUUAAUACCUCGGGGUUAGGCGAGGUGUUCAAACUGGAGGUGCACUAGCCGUUUAUACCAGUGUGCUACAAUACUAUGUCCUUUAAAACCUCCACCUGUUUAUCCAUAGCCUACCUCAGUCCUGCCUCCAGGUACCUCUUAUCUUAGCUCCGCACCUUUUAAAUGCUCUGUCAAGGAUCUGCAUCUAUGGACCUAGAGAGCCACAGGGUCUGCCCAUUUCUGUUUUCAUGAUAAAGUACGCAAACAUUUCAGACCCAUGAAACCAGGUGAAAGUGGAUAAUUAACUGACCAACAUAAGCAGUUGAAGGGGUUAUGAGUAUUAAACCCCUUUUUCAAUUCUAAAGCAGUCUCCAUGUUAUAGAUCACUAUUUGUCCUAUUGUUAAAAGAAAGAAAAAUCAAAUUAAGCUGUACCAUGGCAUUUUGUGCAAAGAAAAGCCAUGUGCUGCCACCCAAAAAAAAGAUUUGUUUAAUCCCCGCCCCUAUUCUUCACAUGCAAGUUGGUGUAUAGCAACCACCCUACAAGCAAGUGAACGCCCCAACCCCACCCCUCUUGUUGAGUGCCCAUUCAAACUGCAAAUUACACCAUCCUUUUUCCAUCCGCCUUUGGUCUGGAUCAGGAUUUUUGGAUUAGUUUAGCUAAAAAUCCUUUUUAAUCAUUCAUUGUUCCAUUCGAGUUUGUUUUUUUUAUAUUGUUCUUUAGCUCUAUUUGGUAUUUUAAUAGUUUGUUAGUGACGCCUACUUGCCUAUGACGUGUUACCGACUGGUUUGAUCGCCUUUCCGUCCUCCAACCCACCCAUCUGUGUUACUUUGGACCUCAAUUUGCAUCUUCUAAAAUUGAAAAGAGACGGGCCAAAAGUUGGUGUUUCUUUACUCUCUAAGUUUUGAGUAAAAAGCACAUCCGUUGCAGCUCCCCAGGAGCAGGUCAGCGGUCCUCAAAUUUUUGCAGCUAUUAUCUUGGUUCAGAAUUCAACUGAAAAAAGUUUGUUUACAAGGUGCUUCUCUUUUUUUCCGUCCUUCUUUCUCAGUCGCUCUGUAGGUUUCUUAGUAAAGGUUUGAUUGAACCAUUGGAACCAAUUACUGAAAUCAAAGACCAGCUGAGAACUACAAAAAUGUUUGAAAGCCCCUGUAGGGAAUUCUUAAGUUUUGCUUGAAACUCAAGAUGGUUUGUAACCACUGGUCCCCACAUCAAUAGGUCUGUUGACACUUCCAAGGUCAAAGAUUGAAUUUGUUCCCAAAAAUCUUUUUCUACAAGUCAAAAAAAUAAAAAUUGGCCUGCUGCAGUUGUGCCAAUCUAUUGUUCUCCAAGAGCAGGUUCACUGGCUUGAAGAACUCCUAGAGGCAUAAUUCAUGGAUUGUGUUCAAAGUGGCCCAUCUUUGACUUUCCCAAUUCCAUAUUUGAAUUCAUGAGCAUCUUCCUCCUUCAUUGUGCUUAGCAGCUUAUUUUUGGAGAGGAAAAUAUGUUUUAAAAUAGUCAAUAGACAUUUGAAGAGUAGUUUUUUUUCUAAAUUCUAAGUGUCCUAGAACCCCAUUGCUUUCAAUUACCAGUAGUGAUAGUUACAUCAGCAUUAGAAUGUUCAGUUAAGAAGAUUCUAAUCUAAUAAUUGUGAUCUUACACCUGAAAGGGUUUAUGGUGAUGAAUGUUGCAUAGAUGUAGGUCCCCCAACCUCUAUUAGCAUAUGCCUUUAUACACUGCAAUAUGUAAGCAGUGCCUGAGAAAAUUAACAUUUAGAAGGGAAGUUUCCAGACAACGCCGCAUAAUAUAACCUCAAACUUUUACAUCGGUGUUUCUUCACAUGUAUAUAAAUCACAGGCACCCUUUUAUGCCAACUGUUUCCAGGAUUCCUCUACCUGUUCUUUCACUCCAUUUCUUUCCCCUUUGUCAGUGAUGUGCAAAUGGGAAGGGAAGCAGUCCUUUAUAGCCCCAGACCCAAAUUGAAAUGCAUCAGAUACAAUAUACGGUACUUGUCAAUAAAAGACGUUUGAAUGCGG